AUGAGUCAAAAUCACACUUCUGAUUCUCGAUUAAAUACAAGUGAAGGCGUUCAAAGUAAAAGCAAUGUAGACGACUUAGAAGUGGAGGAAGAUAUUGAGAAUGGUGGUGGCUUAAGUAGUGGUAGCCAAACUCUUGGAGAGUUUUACAAAGAGGUAAAUUCCAUAACAGAAAUGAUUCGUUCGAUAAGGGAAAAUAUUACAGCUCUCAAAGAUUUAUAUAAAAGAACCUUGGCUGUAGAAACGGAAGAUGAGAGUUCUCGUUGA